GUUCGCGACUCAGUUCAGCAUACUGUGUCGGCUCGCUUAGACGCGUCAACGCUGGCUGCGCUGGUCGUUCGUUGGUCCCAUCCCGCAUCGGUUCCGUGCGCGCUUUCCGUAGUCUCGGCUCAUUCAAAGUAGUGAUUCGUAUCGGGUAGUGCGGCGGUGAAAGGUCAACAGCGACUUCUAGCUGUUCAAUGUUGUAUUGCAACAUAAUCCAUUCGAAUCAGUAAAAUUAUGCUAUAUGUUUCGUGAUUUAUUUACGCAGUAACGAAUGCUGAUAGUUGCACGUGUUGGUUCCCCCUCGUGUAAAUGCGCCAGUUGUCGCUUUUGGGCACUUCAUACGUAUAAUUGUUGGCGUGAAAAAGCGUGCAAAUUGGCAGUGAAGCAAGUUGAAGAAGAAUAGCACAUGUUUUGGUUUGAUGAGAUCAAUCAAGCUUGUUUAACAUCUUCAAUAACUGCAGCAGCAACAACUCAACUGUAUAGAGGCUACACGAUUGACCGUCAACAGCAAUAAUGGCGCCUGUCCUACGUCGCAAGUGGAGUACAAACCGAGAGAGGCGAAGUUUCUUAAAUCAGUGAACCAAUCGUCGCAAGUGGUUCGCAAACAAGAACAGUUACUGUGAUCAGAAAGAAUUGCGUCAAAGUUCCUACAUUCGAAUUGUGAAGGCAGGAGUGUGAUAAGCUACAUGAGCAAUGUGAUGAAGUUAAUGGACGCAAUAUCGUGGGUGAGGUGUCAGUAAAUUUCUGUGAUAUAAAUUCAGGAAAAAUAAGCGGGGGUGUUAUUUCAAAUGAGAAAAAAUCAGUGAGAUGGAAGAGUGUCAAUUAGAAAAUGACCAAUCGUCAAGUGGUUUCCAUGCGAGUAUCUCCUAUCGGGGUAGAAAGCAACAAACAACGCGGGCGGACGCAGUGACCAGGGGAAUGCAAAAAUUGUUCUGUUCUGGCGAAUUGCAGUGUCAAGAAGGCGACGCUGACGAUUGCGGUCGAAACCAAAAUGCCAUUCAGUUUUCCAUAACGGCCAGCAGCACGAUGCAGCAAAACGAAACGGUGUUCAGCCACUGUAUCGGGACGGCGGCAACAGCGGCGAGAACUUCCGCGGCAAGCGGCACCGGGGAGGACCAGCUCAUCAUGAGGACCGCUGAUUGCGAGAUGGAAAUGACCGCCAAAGCAGAUGGAUUCGCCGUCAUGGUGCAAUCUCCCAGCAGCCGAGUCCGCGUUGCUCUGAGUGUGCUGAUCAGACUGCUGCUGCCACUGAGGCACGGUCUUGCGCGAGGAUGGAAUGGGCUGCGCGGGAUCCGCCUACUGCAGCUGAUGCGAAAGAUACGCGAAAGUCGUGGCCUACUGACGACGCUGUUUGCCUUUGCCGCCAACACCGUUUCGAUGAGCCUGUCCUCGGUUCAAGUUGCCCACCGGAUUGACCCUCUGCUGCGGGUGAUCAAGCUUCGAAAGGAUUCUCCCCGGAGUGCAAUCGAACCUGGAACCGAAUCGCUGUCAACUGGUGGAAAGCUCAGACACGCUAGGGCUAGCUCUCGAGAAGUAACGGAAAAAUGCGUGGAAAUGGUCGUACUGACCGAGCCUCCAGCGGGUGUGCCAAUCCGUGCCGAUGUCAUCUUAAUUCACGGUCUGCAUGGUUCGCUAGUUAACACCUGGAAGCAGGGUCUUUGGAACAGUGAAGGUAAGCUGGAGCACUUUGAACGUCCCCCGAAGCCUCCAAUACGGCCACCGAAACGACAGCGCCACUCUCGCUCGAAUCUUUUUGCCCCGCCGCACGUGUCAAAGAAGCCAAAGUUUGAAGAAGAUUCCGCAGAAUGGAGCGACGAAGAUGAAUGCUACGAUGAGUUCCGUUCAACCUCAUACAGAUUUGCCAAACGGAAGUUCACCUACGAGUGUGGUGAACCGGACAAGAUCCACUUUGCGGACGACAUGGAGUACAGCUUCCCUACGUUUAGGUUACGGAUGGAGGAGGAAAGUGCCCAUAAGAUCGCUCAAGGGUACACGGAAAAUCGUCACCAUGGAAAACGAAAAAUGAAGGUCACGAAGGACGAUUCGUGGUCACCCUGCUGGCCUGGCGAUUGGUUGCCACUGGAUUGUCCUGGAGUACGGGUUAUCGCAAUGAAUUAUACUACCGAUCCGUAUCUGUGGCGACCGGUGUGGAUCACCAAGCGACAUCGCUCCAAUCUCGUAGACCGAUCACGUGAGAUGGCCGACAUGCUCAUCUCCAAGGGAGUAGGUAAGGGGCAUCCAAUCGUAUGGGUUGGCCAUUCCAAGGGCGGUAUUUUUAUCAAACAGAUCAUUGUUGAUGCUUGGGAGAGUGGCCGACCGGCUGCGGAACCACUUUGGCGAUCGUCACGUGGCACGUUCUUCUACUCGGUACCACAUCGUGGUUCUCCGCUGGCAGAUUUCAACCUACCCCUGCUACGACAGUCAGUUGAGUUAACCGAAAUACAGAAAAACUGCGCCAGCAUCUUAGAAUUGCAUCGUCGCUUCGUAGCCUUAUACCAAGGUGGCCACCUCAAGAUCGAUGUUUUCAGCUUCGUGGAGACGGCAUUGACUCUAAUGUCGGUUUUGUAUCUUCGUAUUGUUGGAAUCGACUCGGCCGAUCCCGGCAUAGGCGAUGUAUGCGGUGUACACCUUGACCAUCGGGAAAUUUGUAAACCUCGCAGCCGCAACUGCAUUCUGUACACCGAGCUGGUUAAAAUGAUCAAUAAGGUGAGCUGAAAACGCCCACCGAAGCCGAUCGAACCACAACUGGACGACCGAUCGCGCAUGAUUAUAUUUGUUCUAGAAUAUUUUCUACUUGUUGAAAUGCGUUUUAAUAAUAACAUGUUUGAAUUCUUAACGUCGAAGAUUAUUUUUAUUAUGUAUCGAGAAAUAGCAUUAUAAGCGGCAUACCUAUGUAGUUACCUGUUACGGUACGAUAAAUGGCAAACCAAAUGGUUUUAAAAUGAAACAGUAAUUCUAAACAGUAAAACACAGGACGACCCACACGAAAUAUGUACGAUCGCUACCUGAGAUCAGUAUCUACAGAUUGUUAAAACAAAGCAACAGAAAAUGAAAAUAGUAUACGAGAAAGGCAAACAUAUUCAAACAAUGACGUAAAACGAAGUUAGAUUUGCAUAUAUUUGAAAUUUGCUGUUUGUAGUAGUAGUCAUUAGUUUUAAAAUAGGGUUGAACCAAUUAAGCCAUGUGAUGAAUAGAGAUUAUCAAAUUCCUAAACAAA